UAGUGAGACCAACACCACUUCGCUAAGAUAGCGUUACGCUUCGUUUCAGUUUGUCUCGGAGCGCGUGAUCGGAAUCGGAAAAUGGGUGGCGGAGGAACCAUGAGGUCGGCGGCGAAGAUUGCCGGAACCACCAUCGGCAUGGCCAGGUCAGGUUUCAGAGGCUCGCCGUCAACGGUCGUGACCGAGAAGUUUUCUCGGAGGCCGUCGUCGCGACAUGCGUCGCCGGUGAGGGUGAAGACGUCGCAGGGAGGUAAAGCGGCAGAGGCGGCGCCUCUUCAUACUGCGGCGGCGGUGGACCUGAGUGACUGGGAGUUUGCUGAUGCCGGCGAUUUGGUCAUUUCCGCCGGUGAGCCCAUGCCGAGAGUGGUGUUCGGCGAGGUUCCUAGCUUUCAGGAAGCUAAGGAAGCCACCAUUGAAUUGAAGGACGCUAUUGAGAAGAUGUACCUUUCCUCUGAUUCUUCUCAGUAUGAGGAAUCAUUUCCUGAUAAUCAAAUCUCAGUUCUGCCUCAUACUCUUUUUGAGCCUGUGAACAAAUCAUGCGAUGUUGAGGGGGCUAUUUCAAAUCUUUCAGUGCCAAAGCAUGCCAUUCAGGCUUUUGAAUUGCUCAGUGCAAGUUCUGAGGUCCAGACUGUUGUGGCUUCGAUUGCUUCUGACUCGAAUGUUUGGAAAGCUGUCAUGCAAAAUCCUGCUGUCAGCUCUUUCUUCCAAUCACAACAGACAGUGGCUGAUUUUGAAGCAGAGGGAACUACUGCAAAGGUGGUAGAGCUGACAGAUGAUGAUACAGUUACUGGUUCUGAAGAGCCUGAGAUUCACUCGGGAAUUGCUUUCGAUUUUAUUGGUCUUCUGCAGAAUUUAAAGCUUACAGUUGCUGAAAUGGUAAGCAGAGUGUCCAAUUACCUUCAGAACAUAUUCCCAACAGGUGAGAAAGAAAAAUCGUCUGGUGAUGCUGAUGGAAAUACAAAAGCCAAUGUCAUGGAUAAUAUGAAUGUCAUGGGAGGAAGUUUCAUGGGAUUGGCAAUGCUGGUGAUAAUGGUGGUACUUGUGAAGAGAGCUUAAACUCUGGUUGGCUAAAUUACAAUUUGUCGAGCUUUCUAAUCGUCGUAGAGAUUGUAGUUAAAUAAGUUGUACAUUUGGAGUGACUGAGUAUGAAAUGGUUUGCUGCUCGUUAAUUUAUCAA